ACAGCUAAUAUGUUGACGUUUGCUGGUCCUUGCAGGAGGGUGUGUUUACAUUAACGUCACAGCAGUUUGCCGAGAGGAUAAAGUCCUAAUACAUCAGCGUCAUGUUCCACGGGAUACCAGUUACAGGAGGUGUAGGAGGAGCUCCGGCCAAUAAACCUGAGUUAUAUGAGGAAGUAAAAUUAUACAAAAAUGCAAGAGAACGAGAGAAGUAUGAUAACAUGGCUGAGUUGUUCGCUGUCGUCAAGACCCUGCAGGCCCUGGAGAAGGCUUACAUCAAAGACUGUGUCACACCCAAUGAGUACACUGCUUCCUGUUCCAGACUCUUGGUUCAGUAUAAGGCAGCUUUCAAACAGGUGCAGGGCUCUGAUGUGGGCUCCAUCGAUGACUUCUGCAGGAAGUACAGACUCGACUGCCCACUAGCCAUGGAAAGGAUCAAGGAGGAUCGGCCAAUCACCAUCAAGGAUGACAAGGGCAACCUGAAUCGCUGCAUUGCAGAUAUCGUUUCUCUCUUCAUCACUGUGAUGGACAAGCUGAGACUGGAGAUCAGGGCCAUGGAUGAGAUCCAGCCAGACCUGAGGGAGCUGAUGGAAACCAUGAACAGAAUGAGCAACAUGCCUCCAGACUCAGAGGCUAAGGACAAAGUCAGCCUCUGGUUGACCACCCUCAGCAGUAUGUCAGCCUCAGACGAACUGGAUGAUAAUCAGGUGCGCCAGAUGCUGUUUGACCUGGAGUCGGCCUACAACGCCUUCAACCGCUUCCUCCACUCCUCCUAAAACAUCUCUCCAUCAUAGACCCAUCUGUGUGAAAUUCUGGCUCUUAACGCCUGCUAAGUUUAAAGAAACACUCUACUUUCUCAUCAUGGUUCUUGGUAGGGAGCGGAUUGAAAUCUGGGGACAGGUUUUCUUUUCCUCUGCCUCCCCAAUUAUUUCCUCUCUGUCUCUACAUUUGUUCCCUAUGUCCUUUUUCAUGUUGUGUACAAUUCAAACUCCACCUCCUUGUAGAGUAAACUCCACUGUAUGUGGUGGUUCUUCCCGUGCUGUGAGAUGCUCCAUUGGCCUGUUUUCUAGCCAAACUUGUGUGAUAAAUCCUGGCUGUUUAUUCUGAUCUUGACAAAAGCAGUUUACUUAUAACUUUGUACUGUAAUUUCAAAAAAAGGUCUAAUUUUAUACUUAAGUUUUGCAGAACACCAACAGAGAAGCAUUAAUUAAUUAUGUUGGGAAAAUUCUGCACAUGAAGAAAAGGUUGAAACAGCCAAAGCCUUUGUAUUAUUGGAAAGAUGAAUAUAUAUUUUUUUCUUUUUGGUACCCUAAAUGUAUCCACCAUCUGCCACCUGGGGACAUUUUUUGUUGUGUGCACCACAAUUAUUUUCUGUUUUUCUGUUGCACAAGUUGUUUCUGUAGAAUCCUACAACAGAGUUUGUCAAUAGUGUAAGAGAAGCUGACAUAGGUAAGAGUUUAUCUACUUUGUUCAUUAGCUGAUAAAAUGCAGCUGAAAUAAUUGUUUGGACUUUAGGAAUGAUUAGACUGCACUUCAAAUUAAUCAUUAUAUCAAAACUAUGGUGGAAGCAAAUUGUUAAUGUUCAUUAUUUGUUUACUUGUCUACAGUUUCUCUUAUGUUAACAUGCCUAAUCCAUAUUUCCUUUAAAAGUGAGGGUUUGGCCACAUUAAGUGGGCAAAAGAACGGUGGACACCCCCCCUCCCCCCUUAUUUUGCUUACUAAAUAUGUUUCAACCCUCAAACACCAUUAGGGGGAACAUAUUUAUUCAGAUUUAUCACUGUAAAUAAUAGUUUGAUUUUUAAAUAAAAGCAUGUAACAUCUUUUUAGAAAUAAAGUUGAAAAAACUACCUCCAAA